AUGGGCAAACAAUUCGCACUCCACGUCACUAUUCAAGUCGCCCCUCACAACGCCGACGCGUUCCUCGAAGCUCUCCGGCCAGCUUGGGCUGGCUGUGUUGCCGAGAAGGAGAACUUGUUCUUCGACGUAUUUCAGGAUCCAGAAACGCCUGGACGGUUUCAAUUCGUGGAAGUCUGGAGCAAAGACAAGGACUGGUUCUUUAAUGUCCAGUUGAAGAAACCCUACUACCAGCCUUACCUAGAUAUCACGGCGCCCAUGUGGGUUGCAGAACGGAAAGUGGAGUUUAUGGAACGCCAGCCGGGGUGGAGUGUGUACUCGGAGGAGUAUUUGGUAGAAGGGAAGAAGAAGUGA